CUCAAAGCUCCGCGUCCGCGCCCCUUCAGUCCGCCGGCGGCAGUCGACCGGCGCGCACGUGUCGCUUGUUGCGCCUUCUUACGGAAACUUUACGCGAGUGUAGUGACAGUGAGUGAGCAUGCCCGCCCGCGCCGUGGCCCUCCUAGCCACCGCGGCCCUCGCGCUCGCCGCCACCCCGCCCGACCCUUGCUAUGAGGACGGCCGUCCGCGCCGCUGCAUCCCCGACUUCGUUAACGCUGCUUUCGGAGCCCCCGUCGUAGCCUCCUCCAACUGCGGCAGACGAGGACCCGAGCGACUCUGUGACCCUCCCGGAGACCAGCCCCCCGAGAACUCUUGUAGAGUAUGCGACGCCGCUAGAUCGGACCGGCGGCACCCCGCGAGCCAUCUCACCGACCUGAACAACCCUCACGAUGUCACCUGCUGGAGAUCUGCUACCAUACCCCCGACCGCGUAUGACUCUCCUCCCGACAAUGUAUCACUGACGCUGUCUCUCGGCAAGAAGUAUGAACUGACCUACGUCAGCCUGCAGUUCUGUCCGAAGGCCGCUCGACCUGACUCCGUGGCGAUCCACAAGAGUGCGGACUACGGGGUGACCUGGCAGCCGUUCCAGUUCUACUCGAGUCAGUGCCGGCGCGUGUACGGGCGGCCCAACAAGGCCAGCGUGACCGCCGCCAACGAGCAGGAGGCGCGCUGCUCGGACAGCCACCGCCUGGCGGGGGACAGCUCGGGGGGCGCGCGCCUCGCCUUCAGCACGCUGGAGGGGCGCCCCAGCGCCUCCAACUUCGACAUCUCGCCAGUGCUGCAGGACUGGGUGACGGCCACCGACGUGCGCGUCAUAUUCAACCGCCUGCACAUGAUGAACGAAGGGGACGAGGUGGACAACAAGAAGCAGGCGGCUCCGGGCAGCCAGCACUACGCCGUGUCGGACUUCGCGGUGGGCGGGCGCUGCAAGUGCAACGGGCACGCGUCGCGCUGCAUCCCGGUGAAGGGCAGCGAGGCGGCGGCCGGCGGCGUCAUGCAGCUCACCUGCGACUGCAAGCACAACACGGCGGGCCGCGACUGCGAGCGCUGCAAGCCCUUCCACUUCGACCGGCCCUGGGGCCGCGCCACCGCCAGGGACGCCAACGAAUGCAAAGAAUGUAACUGCAACGGGCACGCUCGCCGCUGCCGCUUCAACAUGGAGCUGUACAAGUUGUCUGGUCGCGCGAGCGGCGGCGUCUGCCUCAAGUGCCGCCACUACACCGCCGGCCGCCACUGCCACUACUGCCGCGAGGGGUACUACAGAGACCCCACUAAGCCCAUCACACACAAGAAGGCCUGCAAACCCUGCGACUGCCACCCAGUGGGCGCGAGUGGCAAGACCUGCAACCAGACGAGCGGGCAGUGCCCCUGCAAGGACGGCGUCACCGGCACCACCUGCAACCGCUGCGCCAAAGGAUACCAACAGUCUCGCAGCCACAUCGCACCCUGUAUACGUAUCCCGCGAGUGGUGACGGCUGUGCAGGCGAUGGAGGCGGUGGACGGCGACCCGGGCCGCGGUAAGUACAGCGGAGCAGUGCGGCCGGUGUCGCGCCGCCGCUCGCACUCUAAACCUCAACAAGUUCUGCAGCCGAGACUACGUCAUAAUGGGCAAGGUGGUGGGUCGCGAGGCGAGCGCGGCGAGCGCGUCGAUCGCGGGCGAGCAGUGGGUGCGGCUCGCGCUGAGCGUGCAGGCGGUGUACAAGCGCGCGCCGCGCAGCCGCCUGCGCCGCGGCGCCACCGCCCUGCACGUGCGCGCCGCGGACCUCGCCUGCAAGUGCCCUAAGAUCAAGAUCAACAAGUCUUACCUUAUCCUAGGAGUGGAAAAAGAGGGUGUGUCAGCCGGUUUGCCGGGGCUGACAGUCGGCGAGAGGACACUGCUGUUGGAGUGGCGCGACGACUGGCACCGACGCAUCCGCCGGCUACAGCGGCGCGCGAUCAACUGCCACUAGCGGCCGCCAUCUUCAAAUAGUGGGGAUACAGCAACCAAUGAGAGCGCUCCGUUCUCGUCAUAAUCCGUCGUUGCAAACUUACGUGAAUUGAUUAACGUAGUUGUUUUAACUGUUACUGCCAUAUACGUGCUGUCUAUAUAAAUUCAUAUUACAUUUUUUGGUCUCAGGAAUGAUUGUUGAUAUAUCAUAAGACUGAUUGUAAGCGCCCUACAUUAUAAUCAUCUUUGUACAACAAGUGUCUACGGCAUUAUGUCAAUUCCCUCAAAUAACACCUUGUAGUUCUUAGAUAAGAUUAAAACUAAGAUCACGGAGACAAAUUUCUUAAUAUAUGUAUAAUCCAAGCCUAAAUAAGGGCCCUUUACAUUUUGACAUGACUGUCCAAUUAAAUGAAACAUUAUUGUAAAAAUAUGUAACUAGUUUUGUUUGCGAAGGUACUUCAGAUUCUUCUCAAUAAAAGAACUGACAAUCGCAUCUUUAGUUCUCCGCGCUGCGACAAGGGCACAGUUAUUUGGAACUUGUAGAGUGCACUCAAUACAGUCGCGAACAAAACUUUUUCCGUCAGACUAAAAACAAGAAAGUAUCGUACAUGUAUUCAAAAUCUUCUUUUACAUCUUAUAUCAAGUUUUUAGAUCUUAGAUUCAAAUUAAAUCUAGAACGAAAACAUAUAAUCGAUAGAAGUAACUUUUGGCACUUAUAUAGCCUUUACUCAUAAAAUAAUGUAUUCGUAAAAGAUUUUUGUCCAUUCUUAUCUAACAGUCAUUCCUGGGACUCACGAACGUUUACCUAGUCCGUUUUAGGAAUAACGUUAAUGAUAACUAUAUUGUAGUUCUCACUGUUACAUGCGACAAGAUUUAUGCCAAAAAUGCAAGAGACUAUGAUUGAGACUCGUGGAGUUUGGUAACACAAAACGUAAUUGGAAUUAACAUGGGAAUUCAGAUAUAAAAUGGCCUAAACUAAUUAAAAAAACCUCGUAAGUACCAACAAGUAUUGCGUUUACCAAAAUUCGCGUUUCUCAGUCUCCAAAUGAAACACAACUUUAAAAUUAUCCCCAUCCCUAGGAUUUCGUUUUAAAACGUGUAAAUUAUUAUUUAUUUCGAUUAGUUUUAAUUGUAUAAGGCAAACCUAAUUUUAUCGUUCCAUUUCUUGCAUUUUUUGUAUAAUUGUUAUUUUAUAUUGAAAAUGCUAAUGUUGAUAUUGUUUUUAUGUGUAUUCAGUUGCAUGACGUCACGACAUUUGUCUAACAAACGAACGAAAUCCCUUUCUCGAUGAAACAAACAACUCUAAAAAAUAUACAGACUCCUUGAUAUUUCCAAAGAGGUUGUUACUUUUCGGCCAUCUUAAAAGUAAAAUAUGUCAUUUGAAUGUGACAUGUCAAUUGAGUUUGACAGAUGGCGUGAGUUGUGUGAGCGAUUGUACACGU